CCGCCCCCCCCCCCCCCCCCCCCCCCCGCGACCUCGAUUUAGAAAGAGAAACUUUUUGAUAAUCUUCCUAGAAAUUCCACCGUCUCUCCUUCUACUGAACGCCGAGUCCACGACAAGAGAAAGGAUCGGAAGAUACGGCGAACGACGACUGCACGAUGAAGCCAUCGGCGCUGCAACCCAAUCGCCGGGUCAUCAGCUUCCGAUCCCCCACCGCUGCCCCACUUGACGGCGGCGCCGCCCCCUCAGACGAUCCACUCAUCCGCUCCCCCGCCGGCCUCUUCUGGCUCCUCCUCCACGCCAUCUGCUGCCUCCUCAGCCUCGCCCUCGGCUACCGCUUCGCCCGCUUCCUCGUCUUCCUCUUCCUCUUCUCCCCCUCCUUCCCCCUUUCUUCUCCCGGCCUCCUCCUCCUCCACCGCCGGCCCGACCUUCCCCUCUCCCUCCCCCAGCCGCCGCCCCCCAAUGCCACCGCCAGCCGCGUCGUCGUAGGCCGCCACGGCAUCCGCGUCCGUGCCUGGCCCCACCCGGACCCCGCCGAGGUCAUAAGCGCCCACCGCAUCCUCGGCCGCGUCCAGCGUGAGCAGCGCCUCCAGUAUGGCGUCAGGAACCCCCACCCCCUCCUCGUCGUCACCCCGACCUAUUCCCGCACCUUCCAGGCCCUCCACCUCACCGGCCUCCUCCACUCCCUCCAGCUUAUCCCUUAUCCCCUCACCUGGCUCGUCGUCGAGGCCGCCGGCCGUGGCGCCGCCUCCAACGAGACCGCCAACCUUCUCGCCCGCUCCCGCCUGCCCGUCCUCCACCUCCCCUUCCCUGGCCGCAUGCCCCUCCGCUGGUCCGACCGCCACCGCUUCGAGUCCCGGAUGCGCCUCCACGCCCUCAGAGUCAUUAAAGAGCGGCGAUUGGACGGCAUCGUCGUGUUCGCGGACGACAGCAACAUCCACAGCAUGGAGCUGUUCGACGAGAUCCAGAAGGUGAAGUGGGUGGGGGCGGCCUCGGUUGGGAUUCUCGCGCACUCUGGGAAACUGGAGACGGCGGCCCAGCGGCAGCUGAGCAAGGAGGUGGAGGAAGAGAACUCGCCGGUGCCGAUCCAGGGCCCAGCGUGCAACUCCUCGGACCAAUUGGCCGGCUGGCAUACCUUCAAUUCGCUGCCGUACGUGAAUAAAAGUGCCACCUUUGUUGGCGAUGGAGGGACGGUGCUGCCGCGGAAUCUCGAGUGGGCUGGGUUUGUUUUGAACUCGAAGUUGCUGUGGAAGGAAGCGGAGCAGAAGCCUGAUUGGGUUCGGGAUCUUGAUGAGGUGGUGAGGAACGGAGAGGAGAUUGAGAGCCCAUUGGAUCUGUUGAAGGAUGCAUCAUUUGUUGAGCCUCUUGGGAGCUGUGGGAAGAAGGUUCUACUCUGGUGGCUGCGUGUCGAUGCCCGUUAUGAUAGCAAGUUUCCCCCAGGGAAAUGGGAGAACAGCGCUGACCUGGUCUGGAGAGAGACUCGUGCGCGCGGAAGAGACGUGGUCUACAGAAGCUGAGGCUGGACGGAAGCUCUAUGACAGCUGAUGGCGGAGAAGGUGGUCACUGGUACCUCCCUGAAGGUAGUCGGAGAAGCUGAUGGCGGCUUUGGUCGGGACAGUUCGUGAAAUGGACCACCAAUGAUGACCGUGAUGGCGCGGUGACCGGCGAUGGCGAGUUCUAGCGGCGGUGCGGCGGCGACUUAGCAGCGGCGAGCGGCAGUAAAGAAGUGCAGGGGCGGCGCGCAGCGCGGUGGUGCAGCAGCAGGCGUGGCAGCGGCGGUGGGGAGCGGGCGGGGAGCGCUGACAGCAGUGGAAGGCAGAAAUUGGCGGUGGUGGGAGGGCGGAAAACGGUGGUGGUGGUGGACUCGGCGGGAUGAAUGCCGGCGGAAUAUCACCACUAUGGCAGAAGAAAGAAGCGGGAGACGUGGUGAAGCGGAAGAAUGGGCGGCGGCAGCGGUGACGGUGGGCGGAGGUGUUGACGGCGGAGAAGAGGCGGUGUGGGGUUGACGGGAACCGGUGGUCGGAAGAAAAGAGGAAAAAAAAAAACCAGAGAAUCGGGAGAGAGAAAGAAGGAAGGAGGAAGCCUCCCGUACGUGCGCGACUUACGCGUCACGUGCGUCACUUAAAUUUUUUUUUUUUUUUUUUUUUUGACUCAAAUCGGGUUGUCGGGUUAUCGGGUUAACAGACCCAACCCACUAAGACAGUCCGAUCCACAAUUUUUUUUUUUUUUUUUGAAAUGAUUCGGGUUAAUGGAUAAUGGGUUAACGGGUCGAGAUCGUACCCGCACUGUGGAUCUUCUUCCACCUUCGACGAAUCCGACGGUCGCACCUGAUUUCGCGGCGGUGGUUGCGGGGAGGCGUUACGCCGGUGGAGCGGGGUGCUGGUGCGGCAGUGAACGAGGCGGCGACGUCCUUCACUUGGAUCCGGCCACGGUCGGUGGCAGCAAGAUGCUGCCGAAACCUCCGGGGAAGCACGGCGGCGACCGAAGGCGAAUCGGCGGCGAUCGAAGGUGAAUCGGCGGCGCGGCGAAACGGUUGCGGUGGAUGAUGCUUGCACAGUGACAGUCGGAGGAGAAAAUGACGAGGAGGCCGGCUUAAUUGCCUCCCGGGCUGCCUUGGGGGUUUCCGGCGACAGAGCCUUUCACUGCGUGAGAUCCGAGAGAAGGAUGGAAAGGAAGGGAGACAGCGUCGGAGGCAGCGGCGGUGGGAAGUGAAGGCGGCGACGGCGUCUUGCGAAGGCGAUCUGUGGAUUGACGCCGGGUAGCAGUCGACCGACGGGAGGGUUUUGCCUUUUCUUUCUUCACAGUGGGUGAGGCGAUGAACAGGGAAGAGAAUAAGGAAGAAAGGGAGCGACCCUUCUUCUUCGGAGUACGUGCCGUGCGACGUCCUUCCGUGCGUUCCGGCGUUUGCGGUGCAAAUGAUCUAGCAAAAUACAGAUGAGGAAAAGGCCGAAAAGGAAUCGGCGGGGGUCCGUCCAUAAACCGGAUCCUUCGACUUCAGCAACAGAGGCAAAGUCAGCCCUGCUCUGAUACCAAAGCUGAUGCAGGACGGAUGUAGGGAUUGGAAUGCAGAGAGAAAGAGAAGAGGAAGAGGGGAAGAAGAAGGGAAA